UAUUCAAAUCAAGUUUUUAAAAACGAAAAAGUCACAUGGAGAAAAAUUUGACAUUCUGAAGCACCUUGAUGAAUUGCUUUAUUUAUUCGGAUGCAUCAAUCAUCAAAUAAAUUCCUCAAGUCAAAAUCUGUGAACAGUAUUUCCAUGAAGUAGUAAGUGAGAUGAGAAUCAACGAAAUAAUACCCUAAAAUAUUCGUUAAAAAGUUCGCGAUGCUGACUGCAGCCAUUCUGUUCACUUUUAUUUCAUUAACAACAUGCAUACUUGAAAUCGACAAAGAUGUAUAUGAAGGAAUGAUAGAUCGAGAUAUGAAUUCGAGUUUUAUUAAAGUACCACCUCGUCAACUUUGCAAAGUGUUCUAUCGCGAUAUACAUGAAACUGGCGCUGGUAAUAUUUUUAUGCCUAAUUUGACCCUUGAGAAACCUACUUCGAUCAAAUGGAAUGCCAGUGAAUCAUCACUGUAUACUUUGACUUUAUCAUAUUUAUUACCGAUUAAUGAAAAAUGGCCAAGUUUUAUUGAAAAACAACUCUGGAUGAUCACCAAUAUUCCAGGAGGUAACUGGCAAAAAGGAGAAGUAAAAUUGGAUUACAUUCCUCCAAGAGCUCCAACCAUCGAUGAGUAUUAUUUGAGUGUAUUAUUGAUUUACAAACAACCCGAAAAAAUUGACGUCAAAUUCGAUGCAAGUCUUGAUAACAACGCUACUCGUUACUCUGUUAGAAUAAAAGAAUUCAGCGAACAAUACAAAUUAGGAGAUCCGGUAGCUGGGACUUUUUAUUAUGUGUAUUUGCCUCUUGAUUACGACAUAUUCGUACAAGAACAAAUAAGAAAUACUCGAAAACCUGGUAAACCUUAUUGGACAUAAGAAAUCGUUCGUUUUGGCCCAUCACUUCACCAUUUUCGAUAAGAUGAGAUACGAAUUGUUCAAAUUUUAAAUACAGAUUUUCUCCAUUUUUUCUCGAA